CGGUGUUGGUAGUGUCGGUGUCGGUGGUGUCGGUGGCAGUGCCGGUGGUGGUGUCGGUGUCGGUGGUGGUGUCGGUGGCAGUGCCGGUGGUGGUGUCGGUGUCGGUGGUGUCGGUGUCGGUGGCAGUGCCGGUGGAGGAGGAGGAGGAGGAUGAGAGCCGCGGUGCGGAUGGCCGCUCUGCUGUCCGGUCUGACCGCCUACUAUGUGUACCGCCCUCUCCCCGGUACCGUCUCCGAGCCCUGGAAACUGAUGCUGUUGGACGCCGUCUUCAGAGGGGUUCAGGACGCGAGUCACUUGAUGCAGCUGUUGGGUCUCGGACACCACCUGAAGUUUCUGAAUUGUGCCGUCACCAUGUUUGAAAUGCUCGCUCCCCAGUCCAGUGACACUGUGAGAGUGACAGACACCACAUUCGAUGGAGUACAAGUCCGGGUGUUUGAACCUGAAGAAAGACUGGAGGGCGAACUAAAGCGGAGUGUUAUUUACAUACACGGUGGCGGCUGGGCUUUGGGAAGUGCAAGAAUGAGAUCAUAUGACUACCUUUGUCGGAAGAUGGCAGAAGACAUGAAUGCUGUUGUUAUCUCUAUUGAAUACCGCCUUGUCCCAGAGGUUCAUUUUCCCGAACAAAUUAACGAUGCUUACAGCGCUUCGAAGCAUUUCCUGCAGCCUGCGGUCUUGGCCCAAUAUUCUGUGGAUCCAAAUCGAAUUGCAAUUUCUGGAGAUAGUGCUGGUGGGAACUUGGCUGCAGCUGUAAGCCAGCAGCUUGUUGUGGACAGCAGUGUCACCACCAGACUCAAGAUUCAAGCUCUCAUAUAUCCAGUGCUUCAAGCACUUGACUUCAAUACUCCUUCCUAUCAGCAGAACACAGCUACUCCCAUCUUGUACAAACGGGUCAUGGCUCGUUUCUGGUUAGAGUAUCUGAACGGUGACCCCAGCUUUGUCCAGGCAAUGCUGGUCAACAACCACACAGCAUCAGACUUAAGUCAGCUGACAACGGCUCGGGCUCGCUUAAACUGGACUACACUAUUACCCAAAUCAUUCAUAAAGAAUUACAAACCUGUCAUCCAAGUAAUGGGAAGCCCACAGGUCAUCGAGAAACUGCCAGCAUUGCUGGAUCCAAGAGCAGCUCCGCUGAUUGCAGAUGAGGAAAUCCUGCAGCUGUUACCAAAGGCCUACAUCCUGACCUGUGAGCACGAUAUUCUGAGGGAUGAUGGAAUGAUGUAUGCCCGGCGUUUAGAAGAAGCAGGAAUAGAAGUUACUCUCGACCACUAUGAAGAUGGAUUCCAUGGCGCCAUGAUAUUUGCGCUGCCUCCGACCUACUUUGACGUUGGGAACAGGAUCAUGAAUAACUACAUAAACUGGCUGGACAAAAACUUGUGAAGUUUUGGUUGCAGUCUGGGAAGUUGCAAUAGAAAUUAUUUUAAACUUAUUUCAGGAAUUGUGCCGUAACAUAAAAUAUUAACAACUGUGCUGGCUACUAACCUGCAAUUCCAAAAAUAAUAUGACAGAUUGUUACCAGCAAAGCCUACUGUGUCCGAGUGAGUGAAGUAAUUGUAAAAUGAAGUAAUUUCAUCUGUGUCUCGUUAAGUGUUAUAAAGUGCUCCAGUGUCACUCUUGCUGCUUAUCGUAUGGUUUGAUACAGUCUUGUCUGCAACCACUGCUUUAUUCUCUAUUGAACUGAAACUUAUUACUGUAUUUGUGAAAAAAAAUCUUAAUCCAGUUUUUCUGUGGCAGCAUUGAAGCUGCUCUUAAAAAAGCCAAAAUUAUUUUACAUAUCUACUAUCUUAAAGACCCCUUCAAUGAGUACAAGGGGUUGUACAUUCAAAAUGUGUUCUGUUGCGGUAUUGUAAGCUUAAUGUGUUUUUGUUUUGUGUUUCAUUUUAGUGUCUAGUUUCCAUUAAUACGUAUAACUUUUGAGCUGCCUGAUCGUGCUUUCUCCAAAAAAAAUUUGACUUAUUUGUCAGUAUUUCAUAUUCUUAAUUGUUUGUAGGAUACAAUUUCAACACAUAGUUGGUUAAUGUCGUCAAUACAAAAUAGCCUUGCAAUCGCAGUCAAGUGCUGUCUCGGUAAUUCAAAAUAUUAGUACUUAGCAAACUUAAGAAGGUUCACAAAGCAAAUUGUAGCUCCCUUCUCGGUUGCUGCAAGUGAUUGUUCGUGGCAUGUGCACUGAGCUGGGAGGUGAGGGGGGGGUGUGGAGAGGAGACAUUUUAAGAAAAAUAGGACCAAAGAUAUUUAAUUUUAAAAAAUGCUUUAAAAGUCAAUCAACUGGAAAUGUAACAUACUUAGAAAUGUUAGGAGAGCUGCAGUGUGAAGUGAACCUUGGGAUGAUUUUUGAUCAAAUUGCAAUUAAUUUGUUGUUGCAUCUUUUGUUCCAAUGAAUAAAAAGUAUUUGAACCUGU